AUGGCGAAAUCCUUAGGACUUACGGCAAGAGAUACUACGAGGUUUACAAUCACAUAUUGGCUUAACCAGGAACUUGUAGUCGUGUCUUUCAAGAACGGCUUGGAGAACGAUUGCCUACUUCGGCAAUCCCUUGCAAAGAUCCUCCCGAAGAGCAUGGAGGACCUCAUGGCAAGGAUCAAGAAGUAUGCAAUGGCAGAGGAAGACAAGAAAGCAAAGAAGACAAGUGUAAUGAAGCAAGAGAAGAGAAACAGAUCACCAAAGCGUAGUAGGGGAAAUAACAGCACCGAUAGGCUAGAACAUGGAUUGAGGGCUAUGCAGGCCGUGAGCAUAGUUUUCAAGAUCCCGAUUUGUAGGAUCUUGGAGAGGAUCAGGAAUCAGCCCUACUUCAGGGCAUCGCAGAAGACCAUGGGAGAGUGCAUGGGCAAGAACCCUGGGAAGAAUUGUGCCUCCCAUGAUAAAAAUGGGCACAUGACUCAAGGUUUUCGGGCUUUGAAGCAACACCUAGAGGACCUGGUCAGGUAG